GGGUCCAUGUCGAUUUAUCCGAGGUUAAUGUGGCAUUAAAACGACCAACGGUAACUCUUCCACGUCGGAAUUUUUAAAUCUUUCUCUCUUUCCGGGUUACAACGGCUAUCUAUUCUCCCGUUUCUGAAACCACUAAACUCUCUCUUUCUUCCAAUUCUUCUUUCAUCUCUCGAAUUCCAGACGGAUCAUUCAAAUCGUUUGCUUCUGUUGCAUCGGCGAGCCCAAUUCUGACAUUCAGGUGAAAUUCAAGAGAAAUUGAAGGAAAUGGGUACAGUACAUGAAGCCAUGGCAGAGAAUGAGAAGCUGAGGAAAGAGCAUGAGAUGAGAGCAGAAUCCAUGGAGAAUCUGAGAAGAGCUUAUGAUGAACAAGUGAUCAAGGCUCAGGAUGGGUGUUCUAAAGUGGAUAAGCUCACACUGGAGCUGAGUUUGAAGGAGGAUGAACUUUCUGCUGCAAAGCAGAUGCAUGAAGAACUGAAGGCAAAUCUGAAGGAAAAAGAAUCUGCCAUCAAGUGUUUGAGUUCUGCAAACGAUAAGCUUCGUGCAGAUUCUGCAGAGAAGGCGAAGAAAUUCGAGGAGGAGAACAGGAAGAUGGUGAUGGCAUUGGACGAGGUGAAUGUGGUGAAAAUGGAUCAGAGCCAGGAGAUACAAUCUCUGAGAAAUGAAAAUGGAAGGUUGAGGGAAAUGGUGAGUGAUUCUCAGAAGAUGUGUUCUGAAGCUGAGGAAAGAGCUAAAACCUGCAGAGAAUUGAGACAGAGAGAUGAAGUUCUGUUCAAGUUAGAGGAGGAGAAUAGGAAGCUUGAAGAUGAGCUUAAAUGGAAGAAAGAACAUUUCUGUCAUCUCCUUGAAGCUCAUGAGAAUCUCCAGAAGAAAUUUCGCGAAAGGGUGAAAGAGUUGGAGGAGGAAAAAGAAACACUGUUUGAUCAUAUCUCCACAUUGCAGUCCACCUUAGAUUCCCAAACAAGGAUUUCAGAAGAUCUUCGAACCCGAUUACAGAUGUGUAAUCAAGCCUUAGCCCAUGAAGAAACCAGGAGAAAAUUCCUGGAAGCUCAACUUUCUGAAUCCAAAUCCUGCAUUGACAGUGUUUCUGCAGAAUACGAGGAAGCCAAUUCAAGAAUCGACGGUUUGUGUGCUCAAAGGGAUAAAGAAAUCGCGAACCUAAGAAACGCCAUGGGUUCGAGGGAAGCAAUCCACAAGGAAACAGAAUACAAAAUUCGAAAACUAGAACAAGAGAAACAGGAAUUAAUGGCAUCCCUGAAAGAACUCCAGGAAGCUGGAAUCAAGGCAUCUGGGAAUUCUUCACUCUCAAAACUCAGAAACAAGUUCAAGGCCAAAGAAGCUCAAUGGGCUUCUGAAAUGGAGGAUUUGGCUGGGGAUCUUGAUUGCUGCAAAUCCGAGUUAAAGAACAAAAACGCUUUGAUCACCGAGCUUCAGAAAGAGCUGCAGUCUUGCCAUUCAUUAAUGUUCGAGUUAACAUUGCAGAACGAAGAAACUUCUGUGAUGUUACUCGUCUUGAAAUCACACCUCUCCGAGGUAUAUCAGAGCCUCGCUAACGCCUAUGCUGCUGUGAAUCUAAAAAACAAAGACGAAGAGCUUCACAUUUCUACUCUAAUCCAACAAUUAGACGAGAAGAACAGUGCGAUUAUCAGAGCAGAAAAGGAUCUCGAAGAGGAGCGUGAGAAGGUAGCAGUGUUAUCAGCCAAGAUCGAGUCAUUGAAUUUGAUCGACGAAGAACAGCUUGAUAAACUAAAGGAAAUGCUCAAAGAGGCAUUGGCCUAUCAAGAACAUUUGAAGGAGCAGGUGAGGAAAACAGAAAGCGACUUGACAGAAGCACAAGAAGAACUGGCUGAAGUUUUGUAUGAGGGGAAUGAAGCCGAAUUAGAGUUGCAGAUAUGGAGGACCAUUGCAGAGAGGUUGAAAUCGAGCCUCGAUGAGAACCUGCAAAUGCGAAGAAAGGUAGAAGAUUCGCUCUUUGCCCAGAUGGACGUCGAGAUUGAUCUCAGACAGGAGAAAGACAGCCUCUUGGCCAUGCUAUCCGAGAAAGAAACAGAAAUCGCCUUGCUGAAUUCUGAACUCGAAGGGUCUAUCUUAGCACAAGAAGAAGCAGAGAAAGAGAAGGCGAGUUUUCACCAGAAAAUCGAGGACCUCCAGGACCUCGUCUCAUCACUUGAACAAGAAUUCGAGAACAGAACCGCCACUUUCUUGUCCCGGCUUCUCCAGAUGCAGGCAGACACUGAUAAGUUCCGCCAAACCUGGGAAACAAUCAGAGAGGCCGUGGUCCUGAAAGAGAUCGAAAUCCAAGAGAAAAACAUGAUUAACUCGGAGCUGGAAAACGAUUUAAAACAGAAAAUCGAGCAGCAGAAUGCAACGAAGGUGUUAACCGAUAGGGAAAUGCUGCUGGAGAUCUUAACAGGAGUGUCAGAUAGGAUAAGCCAGUUAUCCAUGGAAGACAAACAGCUAACUAAAGAACUGGGAAGAAUCAUGCAGAGUUUCGACAGCAAUGGAGGAUUGGGUAUAGACAUGAAAAGAGUUAAUGAAUUCUUCGAUCCUGUAAAAGAGAACCUGAUGAACAGAUGCCCCUCUCCAACUAAGACUGUUGAAGCUGCCAUGGCUGGAGAGAGAUCACCAUUGAGAUCUCUCAACAACUAACUGGGUUCCAAAAUGCUACUUGCAUCAAAUCUUACUAUCAUUUGAGGUAGAUUGAUUACUCCUAAAUCAUAGAAAAAGUUUUAUCAUUAUCCAACUAAACCUUGGAGCUAUUUUCAUAUAGAUUUUAACCAUUUUGAUUC